GUGAAAUACUGGAAUAAAAAGUCAUACGGUAAAGAUAAAGCAGUGUUCCUGAUUCCGUGCUGACUGGACUGAAGAUAGAAGCUACCAGACAAAACUGAGAGAAAUAAAGAUGGCAGAGCCCCCCAAGAUUGAACUCUUUGUUAAGGCCAGUGUUGAUGCUGAGAGUGUGGGGAACUGCCCGUUCUCCCAGAGACUCUUCAUGAUUCUUUGGUUGAAAGGGGCCAACUUCACCCUCACCACUGUGGACAUGAAGAGAACACCUCAAGUGCUGAAGGCUCUGGCUCCAGGCUCUCAGCCUCCGUUCCUCCUCUACAAUGAUGAAGUCAAAACCGACAUUAACAAAAUUGAGGAGUUCCUGGAGGAGAAUUUAGCCCAACCACAGUAUACAAAGCUGUGCUGUCGCUUCAAAGAGUCCAACAAUGCUGGAGAAGACAUCUUCAGAAAUUUCUCAGGAUAUAUAAAAAAUCCUAAUCCCGCAUUAAAUGACAGGCUCGAGAAAAAAUUUCUGUCAACUCUGGUGAAGCUGACCAUGCAACUCGAGACUCCUCUCCCCGAUGAGCUGGAACGGAACCCGAAUGUCACUGAGUCUUCGCGCCUCUACCUGGAUGGUGACACCUUCACCUUGGCAGACUGCAAUUUGCUUCCCAAACUUAAUAUUGUCAAGGUGGUGUGCAAGCAGUACCGCAACUUUGACAUCCCUAAAGAGCUGAAAGGUCUGACACGUUACCUGGAGAAUGCCUACAAACAAGAUGAGUUUCGUUAUACAUGCCCAAAAGACUCAGAGAUCCUCAUUGCCUACCAGUCCGUGGCGAAGUACCUGAACAAAUAACACAUUAAGAGGGAGGGAUGAAGCUGCGUGAGUGAGAACAAAGAACAAGAGAGAGAGAGUAAUGCAGAGAAUAACUGAGACGGUGACAACAUGUCUGAAGAUUUUACAUGUAUCUUUUAUUUGUGUCAAAAUUAGAGUUUGGAUAAUGAAAAGUGUUGGUAGUGUGUACAACAAUUGGCUUUAAACAAAACACAUUAUUGUUUUCAUCAAUUGGGUUUUUAUUUGCCAACUGUUACUUUAAAUUUGCUUACAAUUUGUAUUUGUAUGUAUGUACUGUUGCAUACUCUGGUUGUACUGAUGUAUAUUUCUUAUUUAACGCCAGUAAGAGUACAUAAUCACUGUAAAUCCCAGAGGAUGUUUAUGUUAUGUCUUGUUUUGCAUGUAUAUUUUCUGUCUAAGCAAAUCCAUGAUGUUGAUUGCAAUUUAUUAAUGGCAUGUUGACAUUAAAUCAGAUGCAUAUUUAGAUUAAAUAUCAAAUUACAAGUGUAAAAAAAAAGGCAGAUUUUCCUAAAUGUUCUUUGCUCUCUAAGUCUUUUAAUGGGAUGGUUUUAGGCUAACUAGGAACACUGUUUCUUUUAAUGAAAAUGAGUUAACAAUCAUUUUUCACAGUCCGUCCCGUUAAUUUGUUUUGUGCGUGUAAUAAAUUCAUAUAUCUCAGUAGUAACUCAAUUAUGUUUAACUUUGACAUAUAAUCCAACUGAAUGAGGACAGAGUGAAGAGAUGUAUAUUUUUCAUGGUAUAUAUUAAAGACUUUUUUAAAGUGC